AUGUGCCCCCCGGUCAGCAUGCGGUACGAGGGACAGGGCAUGUCCUACCUCUAUGCUUCCUGGAUAUAUCAUCUUCAACAUGGAGACCAGCUACAUAUUUGCUUCACUUGCUUCCACGCUGCCUUUCUGAGCUUUAAGGACUUGCUGGAGUCAGAGGACUUGGAAGAUGAAGACUGGGACCCUGAGCUGAUGGAGGACGCUCAGGCAGGGCCUGAGCAGGAGGGAUCUCUGGAGAUGGGGCCCAGCUGGGGGCAGGACCAAGGGCAGCCUUCACAGGGGGACUCUCAGGCUUGGGGGCCUGGGGCCCUGGCAUCAGCCCCAGCAGGGUCAGAAGAAGCGGGCCUGGAUGACCACUUUGUGCCCACUGAGCUGGAGCCAGAGGACACAAUGCCCCUGGGCCUGGGCCCUGAGGAUGCUGACUGGACCCAAGGCCUUCCCUGGAUAUUUGGUGGGCUUGCUACCUGCUCACACUGGCCAAGUUCCCUGCCUGCGUAG